CCAAUACUGCGUGACGCGCGGGAACAGGAGGAGUUCGAGGCCGGUGGCGGCGGUGGCGACAGUGUCCAUCUGGGGAUAGAGCUGGAGGGACCUGGGGAGCGUGCAGAGAUCUCUAACUCAAGCGCGAGGGACCUCCCACCGGGAUGCCUGGGGAGCAGAUGGACCCUACUGGAAGUCAGUUGGAUUCGGAUUUCUCUCAGCAAGACACUCCUUGCCUGAUAAUUGAAGAUUCUCAGCCUGAAAGCCAGGUUCUAGAAGAUGAUUCUGGUUCUCACUUCAGUAUGCUCUCUCGACACCUCCCUAAUUUACAGACACACAAAGAGAACCCCGUGUUGGAUGUUGUGUCCAAUCCUGAACAACCAACUGGAGAACAAGGAGACAGUAAUAGUGGGUUCAAUGAACAUCUGAAAGAAAGCAAAGCUGCAGACCCUAUGGAUUCUUCUCACCUGGAUACAUGUGGUUCCAUCAGUCAGGUCAUUGAACAGUUACCUCAGCCAAACAGGACAAGCAGAGUUUUGGGACUGUCAUUUGUGCCUGCUCCUCCUGAGGGGGAAGAGAAUAAAGAAGAGGUAGAAGAGAAGGAGAAAGGAGAAAAGGAAGAAGAUACUCCAGAUAAUGCCACACACUCCCUUGGUGCUGAAGAUCCUGCCUCAUCACAGUUGGGCUUUGGGGUUCUGGAACUCUCCCAGAGCCAGGAUGUUGAGGAACACACUGUGCCAUAUGAAGUAGACAGAGAGCCUCUACAGUCAGCAAUCACCAACCCCAGCUAUCCUAGGCUAUCUGGUGUGGAUGCUAAUAUUGCAAUUAAGCAUGAAGAACAAUCCAAUGAAGAUAGCUCCAUGGCAGAACAGCCCAGCGAGGAAUCCCCUACGGUGGCACAGCCCAAUAAGGACAUACAUAUGGUCGAAGAGCAAAAUCCACCAGUGGCAAGGUCAGAGGACUUGCCUCUUAGCCCCAAAGUAUCUGUUACUGCAGUGGAAACAAAAGAACAAACAUCUGCUCCAGAACUUCUGAAAGAUGGACUGCAGAUUCAGAAGUCACCAGAGCCUGAGGCUUUGUCGACUCAGGAAGAUUUGUUUGACCAGAGCAAUAAAACAGCUUCUGAUGAUUGCUCUACUCCUUCAAAGGAAGAAGGUGGCUGUUCUCUGGCUUCCACACCUGCCACCACUCUGCAUCUCCUGCACCUCUCUGGUCAGAGGUCCCUUGUUCAGGAGAGCCUGUCCUCGAAUUCUUCAGAUCUUGUUGCUCCUUCCCCUGAUGCUUUCCGAUCUACCCCAUUUAUUGUUCCUAGCAGUCCCACAGAGCAAGAAGUAAGGAAAGAUGAACCAAUGGACAUGUCAGUGUUAUCUGAAGGAGGAAGAGAAUCUCUUCAGAAGAAACUCAAAGGUGAUGAAUCAGUGGAGACAGAAAACCUCCCUGUGCCCCCUGAGCCCGUGAUGUCACCACAAGCCUCAACACCAGUGUCCCAGAGCACGCCAGUCUUCACUCCUGGGUCACUUCCUAUCCCAUCCCAGCCGGAGUUCUCUCAUGAUAUUUUCUUUCCAUCUCCAAGUUUGGAAGAACGAUCAAAUGAUGGGAAGAAAGGUGGAGAUUUGCAUAGCUCAUCUUUGAUUGUCGAGUGUUCUAAAACUCCAGGGGUUGAACCAAAGAAUUCCAGUGAGGAUCUUGGGCUAUCUUUGACAGGGGAUUCUUGUAAGUUGAUGCUUUCUACAAGUGAGUAUAGUCAGUCCCCAAAGAUGGAGAGCUUGAGUUCUCACAGGAUUGAUGAAGAUGGAGAAAACACACAGAUUGAGGAUACUGAACCUGUGUCAUCAGUUCUCAAUUCUAAACUUGUUUCUGCUGAAAAUGAUAGUAUCCUGAUGAAUCCAGUACAAGAUGGCCAAGUAGAAGUGAAUCAGAGUGCUGAUGAAACAAAGGGGGAUGACACAGAAACCAAGAUGACGUUAGCUUUAGCUACUGAUUGCAAAGGCAGAGAAGAGACUGUAGCAGAAGACAUGUAUGACCUCACUUGUGAGUCAGGGAGUCAGGCUGUUCCUUCUCCAGCAACCCGAUCUGAGGCACUCUCUAGCAUGGUAGAUCAGGAGGAAGCUAUGGAAAUUAAAGAACAUCAUCCAGAGGAGGCGUCAAGUUCUGAGGUGGAAGAAAUUCCUGAGACUCCCUGUGAAAGUCAAGGAGAAGAGCUGAAAGAAGAAAAUAUGGAGAGUGUCUCAUUACACCUUUCUCUGACUGAAACGCUCCAAGCGUUGCGUCUUUCAAAGGAAAUCUCAAAACAAGAAUGUCAGGAAGCUAUGGAAGUUGAAACCAGUGUUGAUUCCCCCCAAAAGCUUCCAGUACUUGACCAAGAAUUGGAACAUAAGGAUCAAGAAGCAUGGGAAGAAGCUACUUCAGAGGACUCGAGUGUUGUCAUUGUAGAUGUGAAGGAACCAUCUCCCAGAGUUGAUGUUUCUUCUGAACCUUUAGAGGGAGUGGAGAAAUGCUCAGAUUCCCAGUUGUGAGAUGAUGCUCCAGAAAUAGAACCAUGUGCUGAGAAUAGAGUUGAUACCCAGGAAGAAAAGAGUGCUGAAUGUGAAGAUCUGAAAUCAGUGACUACAGUAAAAGAACCUGUAGCGGCUGACUCUUUACCUCCCAUGACUUCAGUAAGAGCAGACGAUCCUCCAAAACCCGAUCAGCAAGUGCAGCAGACCCAGCCUCAAAAGAAAGCAGAUAACUUACUAACAGAAGACUCAAAAAUGGCUAAUACAAAGAAGCGCUCAGGUGUAGAAGCUCAGAAGCUGGAGAAGGCCUCUGCCCACACCUCGCAAAGCUUCUGUGAAAGCUCUAGUGAAACUCCAUUUCAUUUCACUUUGCCUAAAGAAGGUGAUAUUAUCCCACCAUUGACUGGCACGACUCCGCCUCUUAUUGGGCACCUAAAAUUGGAGCCCAGGAGACACAGUACUCCUAUUGAUGUUAGCAACUAUCCAGAAAGCACCACAGCAAACAGUGAUGUCAUGUCUGAAAGCAUGGUGGAGACCAAUGAUCCUAUACCUGGAAAAAAAGGAGGUUCUGGGACUGUCCCAGAAACGGAUGAAAAAUUGUGUCUAAGAAUGAAACUGGUCAGUCCUGAGACUGAGGCAAGCGAAGAGUCUUUGCAGUUUAGUCUAGAAAAGCCUGCAAUUGGUGAAAUAAAAAAUGGAUCUACUGCUGCUGCUGAGGCUGUUGCCAGUCCCCAGACGGCCAUGUCUUUGCUUAGCUGUGUCUGUGAAGCCCGGCAAGAGGAUGAAGCUCGGAAUCAGGAUCCCUGCUCCGCACCUACCAGGGGGAACUUACUCCAUUUUCCAAGUACUCAAGAUGAAGCAGAGAAGGGACAAUUGGAAGGUGACCAAAGGACCAGGCAGCAUCAACAAAUGAUAAAGCCCAGCAGUCCUGUCAAAGACUCUUCGUCUGCCUCCCAGCUGGUGGCCAUACAGGGGCCAGCCAGUCUUCAAGGUGAAGCAAUGGAGACAGAUGUGCUGGAAGGCCAGAAAGAAGGGUGGAAUACCAACCAGGAAAAACCUAGUAAGGCCUUGAUUGAAAGGCCCAGCCAAAAUAAUGUAGGAAUUCAGACCAUAGAGUGUUCCCUACGGGUCCCAGAAACUGUUUCAGCAGCAACCCAGACUGUAAAGAAUGUGUGUGAACAGGGGACCAGCACAGUGGACGAGAACUCUGGAAAACAAGAUGCCACAGUUCAGACUGAGAAGGGGACUGGGGAGAAACCAGUCAGUGCUCCUGGGGAUGAUACAGAGUCCCUCCACAGCCAGGGAGAAGAAGAGCUUGAUAUGCCUCAGCCCCCACGUGGCCACGUCUUGCACCGGCACAUGAGAACCAUCCAUGAGGUUCGCACGCUUGUCACUCGUGUCAUCACAGAUGUAUAUUAUGUGGAUGGAACGGAAGUAGAAAGAAAAGUUACUGAGGAGACUGAAGAGCCAGUUGUAGAAUGUCGGGAGUGUGAAUCUGAAAUUUCCCCUUCAAAGACUGGGGGCUCCUCAGGUGACCUGGGCGACAUCAGCUCCUUUUCCUCCAAGGCAUCCAGCUUACACCGCACAUCAAGUGGAACGAGUCUCUCAGCCAUUCACAGCAGUGGCAGCUCAGGGAGAGGAGCCGGACCACUCAAAGGGAAAACCAGCGGGACAGAACCCGCAGAUUUUGCCUUGCCAAGCUCCCGAGGAAGCACAGGAAAACCGAGUCCUAGAAAAGGGGUCAGUCAGACAGGGGCGCCAGUGUGUGAGGAGGAUGGUGAUGCAGGCCUUGGCAUCAGACAGGGAGGGAAGGCUCCAGUCACGCCUCGUGGGCGCGGGCGAAGGGGCCGCCCGCCUUCUCGGACCACUGGAAACAGAGAAACAGCUGUGCCUGGCCCAGUGGGCAUAGAGGACAUUUCACCCAGCAUGUCACCAGACGAUAAAUCCUUCACCCGCAUCACACCGAGAAUGCCAGACUCCACCAGACGAGGAGACAUGGGUGCUGGUGCUUUGUGUCGAAGCAACUCCCCAGAGAUCCCUUUCCAGGCGGCUGCUGGGUCUUCGGAUGGCUUAGAUGCUUCCUCUCCAGGGAACAGCUUUGUGGGGCUCCGUGUUGUUGCCAAGUGGUCAUCUAAUGGCUAUUUUUACUCUGGGAAAAUCACACAAGACGUCGGAGCUGGGAAGUAUAAAUUACUCUUUGAUGACGGGUACGAGUGUGAUGUGUUGGGCAAAGACAUUCUGCUGUGUGACCCCAUCCCACUGGAUACGGAAGUGACAGCUCUCUCGGAGGACGAGUAUUUCAGUGCAGGAGUGGUGAAAGGUCAUAGGAAGGAGUCCGGAGAGCUGUACUACAGCAUCGAAAAGGAAGGCCAAAGGAAGUGGUAUAAGCGAAUGUCUGUCAUCCUGUCCUUGGAGCAAGGCAACAGACUGAGAGAGCAGUAUGGCCUUGGCCCGUAUGAGGCAGUAACGCCCCUCACCAAGGCAGCAGAUAUCAGCUUAGACAAUUUGGUGGAAGGGAAACGGAAACGGCGCAGUAACAUCGGCUCCCCGGCCACGCCCACUGUGUCCAGCAGCAGCAGCACAACCCCCACCCGGAAGGUCACAGAAAGCCCUCGUGCCUCCACGGGAGUUCUCUCAGGCAAAAGAAAACUUACCACUUCUGAAGAAGAACGGUCCCCUGCCAAGAGAGGCCGGAAGUCCACCACUGUGAAACCUGGUGCGGUGGGGGCAGGAGAGUUUGUGAGCCCCUGUGAGAGUGGAGACAACAUGGGUGAACCCUCCACCCUGGACGAGCAGAGAGGCCCUUUGCCACUCAACAAGACCUUGUUUCUAGGCUAUGCCUUUCUCCUUACCAUGGCCACAACAAGUGACAAGUUGGCCAGCCGUUCCAAACUGCCAGACGGUCCUUCAGGAAGCAGUGAGGAGGAGGAGGAAUUUUUAGAAAUUCCUCCUUUCAACAAGCAGUACACAGAAUCCCAGCUUCGAGCAGGAGCUGGCUAUAUUCUCGAAGACUUCAAUGAAGCUCAGUGUAACACGGCUUACCAGUGUCUCCUAAUUGCGGAUCAGCAUUGUCGAACCCGGAAGUACUUCCUGUGCCUUGCCAGUGGGAUUCCUUGUGUGUCUCAUGUCUGGGUCCAUGACAGUUGCCAUGCCAACCAGCUACAGAAUUACCGCAAUUACCUGCUGCCAGCUGGUUACAGCCUUGAGGAGCAAAGAAUUCUGGAUUGGCAACCCCGUGAAAACCCUUUCCAGAAUCUGAAGGUACUCUUGGUAUCAGACCAACAACAGAACUUCCUGGAGCUCUGGUCUGAGAUCCUUAUGACCGGGGGGGCAGCCUCCGUGAAACAGCACCAUUCAAGUGCCCAUAACAAAGAUAUUGCUUUAGGGAUAUUUGACGUGGUGGUGACGGACCCCUCAUGCCCAGCCUCGGUGCUGAAGUGCGCUGAAGCAUUGCAGCUGCCUGUGGUAUCACAAGAGUGGGUGAUCCAGUGCCUCAUUGUUGGGGAAAGAAUUGGAUUCAAGCAGCAUCCAAAAUAUAAACAUGAUUAUAUUUCUCACUAAGGAUACUUGGUCUUACCAGUUUUAUUCCCUGUUGUUGUGGAGACUGUGUUUUAACAAGGUUUUAAAUGUGUCUUGUGUGUAAUUGGAUUCUUUGCAUGGAUCUUGUAUAUAGUUUUAUUUGCUGGACUUUUAUGAUAAAAUAAAUGUUGAAUCUCUUUGGUUGUAGUAACUGGGAUUUCUUCAUCCACUUCUUUGAGCUUAAUCAUAGCACAAGUAGUAAGACAAACAGUACCUUUUCUGUGGUUUUCAAUAGCCUUGUUCACUCUAAGGGGACAGCUAGCUUAGGAAAAUAACAAGGAGUGACUUUUAAAGUUUUCUGUGGUGUCACUGUCAAAAGGUUAUCCUGGGAUCUCUAAAAUACUUCCUGAAAACCUGAUUUUACAGUGGGCCCAGAUUAAUAAUUGUGCCAAAAGCUGAGUGAAAUUCAGCACAGCUCUGUUUCCUGUCAAAAUUGAAAAGUAAAUCUCCCUCCACAGAGUUGAACUCACUAAACUGACCUGUGGGUACUGUGCUGUCGGAGCUAAAAGGACCGAUUGCUGUGAAUGGGUAGUGACUGUAAACUUGAUGGGAUGAUGUUCCGCAAGGAUAAACAUGAGAAAGUGAUAACACUUGGAAAUGUUAGAAGCUCUAGUCACAGACACAAAAUUUUAUUACUGUUGUCACAGAUGCAGGUAGUUCUUCCUUCCCAACACCUAGCAUCAGCCCUGUUGCUGUCCUUUCAUUCUCUAAAACAGGGAUCAGAAAUAUUUUUCUGCCAAGUAGUAAGUAUUUAGGCUUUGUGGGUCACUUACUAUGUCACAACUACUCAUCUUUACCAUGAUGGCAUGAAAGCAACCACAGACAACAGGUAAACGAACGAGAGUGACUGUGUUCCAGUGAGCCUUUAUAAACACAGGUGGCAGGCGAUGGUUUGCUAACCCCUGCUUCAGGGGCAGCCACGGAAGGGGUCAUCUUUAGCUGACAGUUGCAGAGAACAAGGGUAUAGAGUAUGCAGUGGAAGAUGAAGCAGUGAGGACCAGACCGAGCAGCUACAAACUGAAGCCAUAAUGCUGCAUUCUUUUUUGGUUUAAAGGAAAUUAUUCAAUGAACAUUUAUUUUCAUUUACACUGACACGAGCAUUAGUGGUUCCCAGUGAUGGUUGGGCUAGAGUUUAGAGAACCUGUGGUUCUCCUAAAGUGGGAAAAUUAGACCUGCGAUUUUCAGUACUUUAAAUCUCAUAAUUUGACCUCAAUUUUUUAAAGGAGAUUUUUUCUUUGUUAAAAAAAUAUUUUUAAACGCAUUGUCAAUAGCUAGAAUUGCCCUUUUACCAGUCUGAAAUAAUUGGAAGUUAUUGGUAAAAUUCUUCAGAUUCACAGUUUUGAAGCUCCUUAAGGAUGGGACAUUCUCAAUUUCAGUUUUCAAAAGGAGGACAGAGGGUCUGUGGGGUGGGGGAAACCUAUCUUACCUGGUGCACUUCUUGCUCAGUGGUAACAUCCAGCAGUUGACCUAUUUAUAAACAUAAUUUCUUAUUCACACAAGCCACAAAAUAUUUAACUUUCUGCUACAUAGUACUUACUACUCUGUCUUUUGCAGCUUGAACAGUAACUAUGUACAUAGUAGGUGCUCAAAACAUGAACUUAUCUGACAAAUGUUCUCAGUGUGAUGGGUCAGCACAGGCAGAAAUGAUGCCACGUGUCCUUUGUGGGCAAGUUCUGAUCUCCCCUCAGGUGGGGCAGACCCUUCCAUGUGCGAACAAAGGGAAGGGUUUGUGUCCACGAAUGUUCAGUAAUUGCUUCUAGGAUGAGAGUAGAGCUGCCUCAGUAGUUUGCAGACAUUUGGUGAGUGUCUAGGGAAUGGGAUGUUGGUUUUGAGUCUUCUGUUCAAGAUGCGAAUGCAGUGGGAUAGACUUGUUAUUUCAGUUUGUGAACCAGAAAUUUUCACAUCCCAAAACUAGAAAAAAGGAAAAAAGAACUUCAUCAAACAAAGGUUUUCUUCAUAGAAAAUAUGAAUCAGGGAUACCUGUGAUCUAAAUAAUGUCAUCUUAAAACAAUGUUUCUUUGACUGUUAUACUAAAAUUGCUUGAGAAAAAUCUGCUCAAGGACAUAUCAGGGACAAAGGAAAACAAUGACAUGCUUUAUAAAAUGGGAUAGACCUCUGAGAGAAGCCAACUACUGAAUCUCAGUAUUAGAUUUAAAAAGUUCAGAGUUAGAAGGGGCUGUCCCCUCCUUUCACAGACACACAAGCUGUGGACCUGCCAGGCAGGGUGCCUAAGACUCUAUAGCUAGUUAAGGUCCGAACUGGGAACUGAAGCCACGCUGCCUCCCUGCACAGCAAAACAACCUAGGGGAGAACCUAAAACCCAUCUCAGCCUCAGGAAUUUCGUAUUUUACUAUGAUGAUGGCUUUUACUGGAAAAUAAUCCAUUAAAAUUAUUAAAGACGAUCAGACAUGGCCCUUUAUCUCUCUGAGCCUUAGUUUCCUUGUUUAUAAAAUAAGGGUAUAUGGACUAAAUGGCUGAAAUCUGCUUCUAGCUUUGGAAUUCUACAGCUCAUUUUAUGAAAGCCACACACACAGUCCAAUGAGUUUCCCAAGGGUUGUUCCUACCUGCCCAGAGUUCCACCAGCCUGGGUGUAAUAUUUGUUAUAAUCUAGUCGUAACAGUAGCUGAGCCAAAUCUGAGUUGAUUUGAUGAUUCCGAACACUGGAGAGAAUCUUGAAUAGGAGUGAAGACUGGCGGCUAAAGCCCUGCAGAGAGAAGGACUCGAGCUGUCAUUCCUCUUGACUCACCAACUAUCCACAUGGAGACGUUGGGAAGGGGGUGUUCCUUGGAAAAGCCUUGCUCAAAAUUCUGUAGCACCACCUGGUCUUCCCACUUUCCCAUUUCUACUGGCUCCUAAAAUGACUUCUUAGUACUGAGUCCAUAGAAUGCAAGACUUCCUACGUGAAGUACUCUCAUUCUCAGUAGGAAUUUAGCAGCUGGUUUCAAAUUAAUACAUUGUCAUGUACUGGGUUUGGGGAGAGCCUGUGCAUUUUUGUUACAGGAGAUAAUUGUAAUCUCAGUGAGACAGGGUUAGUUUAAGGAAGUAAGCAGGCUGGAUAUGCGAAAGUGAGAGCAAAGCCAAUUCAUAUUUGGUGGGUUGAAUAAGCUAUUCGAGGCUGAACUAUAUUUGAACACUGAGGCAACACAUAAUUAUCUGCUUCAAAAUCAACUGAUACCAAUAUUUAAGUUUGUAUCUUGUUACUUCUGUGUAAAUACUGGGGAAAUGUUUUAUUACCUCAAAGGGAAAGAUACAGUUUCCCCACUGGGAAAACCACCUCUACCCUUUGGGCAGGGCUGCACACUUCCGCUGGCCAGGCAGACUCACCUUCACCAGGAUGCUCAGCUGGGCGGCCCCACGCUCAUCCAGUGGGCCGAGGUUCUGACUGACCAACGAGCAAAAGCUGUGACAGAGAUCCAGAAUUUCAUUCAGGCAGUGAAACACCUACCCAGGAAAUAAGAGCUGGCAUUAGGAAAAAGAUCUGUGAAAUUAAAGAUUUGGGAAAAUAAGAGCUAACUUAUUCUCGUGCUCCCACAUCUGACCUCAGGAGAGACAAUGCCAUGUGCAAGUCUUGCCAACCCCUCCAAAUGCAACAUGUAUAAGACAAGCCCUCCCCUUCCUGGCAGAGAUGCUGUUGUACGCUUAGUCACCCCUGCACAAAAUCUCCACUCUAGCUGUAUUACGCUGAUCACCGUUUCUUGGACCCACUGUGUGCGCUCCUGCCUUGAGCUUUGCUUUCAGUGUUGUUCCCUGUGCCUGGGAUACUCUCCUCCUAAUACCAGGUUCCCUUCCCUUGUGCCACCAUAGUCUUUAGUGACCUAAUUGUUUCUCCUCUAUAUAUUACCUAUACUAUUCACCCGGCAUUUGUUCAGCCCACCUGUGUUGUUACUAACCUGUAUAUGUAUGUAUGUCCUGUUUCUCCAACUAGAUUGUGAGCUCCUUAAGGGCAGAGCCAUGACUUAUACCUCUUUGUAUCCCCAGUGCCUUGCAUACAGUAAGCACUCUAAUAAAUAUUUAGUGGUGAC